AUGGUACAAUACGAUGUCCGUCCACCUUCUGAGGUUGAUCAUGCUCUAUAUAUCGCAGAUGUCCUCAAUACGUACCAGGAACCUGUGCUACGAGACAAUCAUAUAUCCGCUGUGGUCUCUCUAGUUGGAAACGGAUGCUCACUGUGGCAGCAACAAAAGUUCAAACGACAUGUCAAGCAUCAUCUCUGGAUACGGUGCGACGACACAGAGACCCAAGAUCUCAUCAAACACAUGAAUAUCUUCUGCGAUUUCCUUGAUGAAGUGUACGCUACUCCGAGAAAUUCAACAGCAAGCCCCGUGUGCAGUGAAUAUAAAGGCUAUUUUGCUUCCAACUGGCUACCGGCUUUUGCUGCAGAUGGGUUCCACAGCACCGAUGUAAACCUUCAGCUAGUACAUCGCAAGUUCGAAAGAACGGGAGGGCAUGAAGACACCCAAGCGGCCCCUGAGACCAAUGUCAUACUUGUGCAUUGUGAGCGAGGAAUAUCUCGCUCUCCUACCAUGGUAACUGCCUAUCUGAUGCGGAAAUAUGGGAAAAGCCGUGAUGCUGUGCUAGCGGAUGUGAAAGAAAAGCGGAAGAUCCGGCCCAACCCAGGGUUCAUGGAUCAACUGGAAGUAUGGGAGCAGGUCCAAUACCAGCCAUGGGAGGACAAGGAGAAGACAAUUCCUAAAGCUCCUUACAAGGCGUAUCUAGAGAGAAGAGCAGUGCUGCUGAAGGAGAAGGGUCUCACCGGGGACGAGCUGCCAGGGAUGCAGACCUUGGAUUUUUAA